AUGGCUUCUACUUCUGGAACUAAGAAGCCUAAAGGGCCUAAGCUCCCUGAGAAGACAUAUCUUCCAGACUCUGACUCCGAUGAAGAUGCAUUUGACUUUAGCUUCUUGGAUUUUUCUGAAGAAACUUUCAAAUCCCCCUCAAGACUAUGUGAUGAUCAGUUUCUUAACUUAUUGUGUGAUGAAACCGUAUUAAGGAGGAGUAUUGAUGGAAUGGUAGAUGAUGGAGACAUUCCUGGUGUCCAACAAAAAGAGCAUGCCCACUUAGAUGAGGACAAUGAAGAUGUUAGUGUGGAAUAUAGGGUGCAUGAUCCCAAUGUUGACUGGAAAGAGAUGAUGCCCCGAUUAGGAGACUGUUAUGAAUCCCCUACUCAACUCAGAUGUGCUACAAAGGUUUUCAGUGAGUGUAUCUCUUGGGCAAUGCCAAAGAGCAAGGGCUACUGCAAUGGGAUGAUAGAAGGGAAGUUAGAAGAUCACUAUGCCAAGAUUUGGGACUAUGCAGCUGUAAUUAGGUUGAGUAAUCCGGGUACAAGUUGCUUGGUGGGGGUAGAAAGUAAUAUGGGGUUUAACUAUUUCAAAAGGUUUUAUGUUGGCUUCAAGUCUUUCAGAGAUUCAUGGAGCAGAGGAUGUAGAAGGGUAAUAGGACUAGAUGGUAGUUUCUUGAAGGGGCAGGUUAAGGGGGAGAUUUUAACUGCUAUUGGGAGGGAUGCAGACAACCAUGUCUACCCAAUAGUAUGGGCAAUUGUGAAUGUUGAGAAUAAGGACAACUGGACCUGGUUCAUUGAUAAUUUGGUUGCUAAUUUGGAUCUUGGUGCUGGCAAUGGAUUGGUUGUUAUCUCAAACCAACACAAGGUACCUAAACCACCUAUCCCAAAAAGAAAGAUUGGAAGACCUAGGAAAGAUGGGGGAGGCCAAACUAUCUUUGAUCAAUUCCCUCCAGUUGAGCCUACUAUACCAAGAAGUGAUGCUGCUCCUCCCACAGUUUCAGAAUGUGGUGAUCAAGUAAGUGGGCCUGAUGUACCAAGAAGUGAUGUUACUCCUCCCCCAGUUUCAGAAUCUAGUAAUCAAGUAGGUGGUCCUAAUAUUAGUCCUCUGAAAAGGACUAAGAUGAAGGCAAGGAGAGGAGGGAAAACUAAAGUGUCUGGAUCAAGGAACAAAACACCAAAGAAAACACCUAAUGGUAAGAAACAUAAGAUUAAUGCAAAGAAGGAUGUGUCCCUAACCUGUGAUGAGGAUUUUGUUGAUCUUCAUACCCAUGCACCUAAUGGUAAGCAAGUGGCUACUAUGAAAGAGGUUUAUGGAGAGGUUGAGGAACAACAGAUUGAAGAAAAAGAGGCUAAGGAAGGAGUUGAAGAAGAAGAAGGUGAAGGCAUACAGGUUGAGCAAAAAGAAGUUAAAGGCAUAGUGGUUGAGGAAGAAGGAGUUGAAGAGACAGAGGUUGGAGCAACAGUCCUACCCUCCAUUGGGAGAAAAAGAGGAAACCCUCUAAAAGAAUUAGGAAGUUGA